AUCACCAACUGCCAGCACCACCACCAUGACGACUCUCCUCUCCUGAAAUCACUGAAACUUCACCGUCUUUCGAAUCCCUAAACAUUUAAUUUUCAUGACCCAUUCAUAGUCUCUUCUUCUUCUUCUUUUUCGCUCUCUUUUUCUCUGCUCCUGAUGCUAUGAGUCUUCGCCAACGUCACCCUCCGGCUUCCACUCAAAGCCGGCCCCGUCAGCUGCCGGAAGAUGAAGUUUACAACAUCAUCCCGGUGCACAAUCUCCUCGCCGAUCACCCUUCUCUCCGGUUCCCGGAGGUACGCGCCGCAGCGGCUGCUAUUCGUGCCGUUGGUAACCUCCGGAAGCCCCCUUUCACUCAAUGGCUGCCUAACAUGGACCUCCUCGACUGGCUCGCCCUUUUCUUUGGCUUUCAGAAGGAAAAUGUUCGGAACCAGCGGGAACACCUAGUGCUUCACCUUGCAAAUGCCCAGAUGCGCUUGACCCCUCCUCCUGAUAACAUCGACAUUUUGGAUGGUACUGUUCUGCGAAGAUUCCGGAAGAAGCUCUUGAAGAACUACAGCAAUUGGUGCUCUUAUUUGGGAAAGAAAUCUAACAUUUGGAUUUCCGAUCGCCGAGGGGCCUCCUCUGACCAGCGACGAGAGCUGCUUUAUGUUUCCCUCUAUCUCCUGAUCUGGGGUGAGGCUGCUAAUCUUCGAUUUGUCCCGGAAUGCCUCUGCUAUAUUUUCCAUCACAUGGCCAUGGAGCUGAACAAGAUCUUGGAAGAUUAUAUAGAUGAGAAUACUGGCCAGCCCGUGAUCCCCUCAAUUACCGGGGAGAAUGGGUUCCUGAACGGUGUGGUUAAACCCAUUUAUGAAACGAUGAAGGCUGAGGUAGAUAAUAGCAAGAAUGGAACGGCUCCUCACAGUGCUUGGAGAAAUUAUGAUGAUAUAAACGAAUAUUUUUGGAGUAAACGGUGUUUUGAGAAGCUGAAGUGGCCUAUCAAUGUUGGAAGCAACUUCUUUGUGACAUCCAGUAGGGCAAAGCAUGUGGGUAAGACAGGUUUUGUGGAGCAGAGGUCGUUUUGGAAUUUAUUCCGGAGUUUCGAUAGGCUUUGGGUGAUGCUGAUACUGUUUCUCCAAGCGGCCAUUAUUGUUGCUUGGGAGCAGAAAGAAUAUCCUUGGCAAGCAUUGGAGGAUAGGACUGUACAGGUUCGAGUUUUAACAAUUUUCUUCACUUGGAGUGGUUUGAGGUUUCUGCAGUCUUUGCUUGAUGCAGGGAUGCAUUAUAAGCUGGUUUCAAGGGAGACCAUGGGCCUUGGAGUGAGAAUGGUUCUCAAAUGUGUCGUUGCUGCUGUCUGGAUUGUUGUCUUUGGUGUAUUUUAUGGGAGGAUAUGGUCACAAAGACAUCAAGAUAGGAGGUGGUCAGCUGAAGCAAAUAGGCGGGUGGUGAAUUUUCUUGAGGUUGCACUUGCUUUUAUCAUUCCAGAGCUCCUUGCUCUAGCCCUCUUCAUAAUUCCUUGGGUUAGAAAUUUUAUUGAGAAAACAAAUUGGAGAAUCUUUUACAUCCUAUCCUGGUGGUUUCAGAGUAGAUCUUUUGUUGGUCGUGGCUUGAGAGAAGGUCUUGUAGAUAACAUUAAAUACACCUUGUUCUGGAUUGUGGUGCUUGCCACUAAGUUUUGUUUCAGUUACUUCCUCCAGAUUAAACCCAUGAUUGCUCCAUCUAAGGCAGUGUUGGGUCUUAAGAAUGUUGAGUAUGAAUGGCAUGAGUUUCUUCGCAACAGCAACAGACUUGCUGUUGGACUUCUGUGGCUUCCUGUUGUUUUGGUCUAUUUGAUGGAUAUUCAGAUUUGGUAUUCGAUAUAUUCAUCUUUAGUUGGGGCAGCUGUGGGAUUGUUUUCACACUUGGGUGAGAUUCGAAAUAUGCAACAUCUGCGAUUGAGAUUUCAAUUUUUUGCUAGUGCAAUCCAGUUUAAUCUUAUGCCAGAGGAACAGCUGUUAAAUGCAAGAGGGACACUGAAGAACAGGCUUAAGGAUGCUAUCCAUAGGUUGAAGCUCAGGUAUGGGUUUGGCCAGCCCUACAGGAAGCUUGAGUCUAACCAGGUUGAGGCCACCAAAUUUGCGUUGAUAUGGAAUGAGAUAAUUUCAUCUUUCAGGGAGGAGGAUAUCAUCUCUGACCGAGAGGUUGAGCUGCUGGAGCUCCCACCAAACUCUUGGAAUGUCAGGGUGAUUCGCUGGCCAUGUCUUCUUCUCUGCAAUGAGUUGCUGCUGGCACUUAGUCAGGCCAAAGAAUUAGUUGAUAGUCCUGAUAGGUGGCUUUGGAAGAAGAUAUGCAAGAAUGAGUAUAGGCGCUGUGCUGUCAUUGAAGUAUAUGAUUGUAUCAAGCACUUGAUCCUUGAGAUUAUCAAACCUAUUAGUGAAGAGCAUUCUAUUGUGACAGUCUUGUUUCAAGAAAUUGAUCACUCACUUGCAAUUGAGCGAUUCACUAAAACAUUUAAAACAACUGCGCUGCCCCAGAUGCACAGCAAGCUGAUUAUACUUGUUGAGUUAUUGAACAAGCCCCAGAUAGACUCUAUCAAGUUGGUAAAUACCCUACAGGCCCUUUAUGAGAUUGCUAUGCGAGAUUUUUUUAAGGACAAAAGGAGUGCUGGCCAGCUAAGUGAGGAUGGCUUGGCUCCAUGCAAUCCGGCUUCCUCAGGGGGUUUACUCUUUGCUAAUGCUAUUCGGCUGCCGGACACCAAUGAUGAGAACUUCUAUCGGCAGGUUCGACGCUUACACACAAUUCUUACCUCCAGGGAUUCAAUGCAAAACAUUCCUGUAAAUCUUGAAGCCAGGCGGCGGAUUGCAUUCUUCAGUAACUCACUUUUUAUGAAUAUGCCCCAUGCUCCUCAAGUUGAGAAAAUGAUGGCUUUCAGUGUUUUGACCCCUUACUACAGUGAAGACGUUUUAUUUAGCAAAGAACAACUAAGAACUGAGAAUGAAGAUGGGAUUUCAAUCCUAUACUAUUUGCAGACUAUAUUUGAUGAUGAGUGGAAGAAUUUUAUGGAAAGGAUGCGGCGGGAGGGGAUGAUGAAAGACAGUGAUAUAUGGACCGACAAACUUAGAGAUUUGAGGCUUUGGGCAUCUUACAGAGGUCAAACACUGUCUCGGACUGUCAGAGGAAUGAUGUAUUAUUAUCGGGCCCUUAAGAUGUUGGCUUUUCUUGAUUCUGCAUCAGAAAUGGACAUUCGAGAAGGCUCACGUGAGCUGGGUUCAAUGAGGGGAGACAGUUUGGAUGGUAUUAACUCUGAAAGGUUUCCUUCCUCUAGGAGUCUAAGUAGGGCCAGCAGUUCUGUUAGUUUGUUAUUCAAAGGCCAUGAAAAUGGGACUGCUUUGAUGAAAUUCACGUAUGUGGUUGCUUGCCAGAUAUAUGGGACUCAAAAACAGAAAAAGGACCCCCAUGCUGAUGAAAUACUGUAUCUAAUGAAAAAUAAUGAAGCUCUUCGAGUUGCCUAUGUGGAUGAGGUUACCACUGGAAGGGAUGCAAAGGAUUAUUACUCUGUUCUUGUCAAAUAUGACCAACAAUUGGAUAAGGAGGUUGAAAUAUAUCGUAUAAAGCUGCCAGGUCCCUUGAAACUUGGAGAAGGAAAGCCAGAAAAUCAAAAUCAUGCCAUCAUCUUCAGCCGGGGUGAUGCUGUUCAGACUAUUGACAUGAACCAGGACAACUACUUUGAAGAGGCGCUUAAAAUGCGGAAUCUCUUAGAAGAAUACAAGCAUUAUUAUGGGAUUCGGAAACCUACUAUUUUAGGAGUUAGAGAACACAUUUUUACUGGUUCUGUUUCCUCUCUUGCUUGGUUCAUGUCAGCUCAGGAAACAAGUUUUGUAACCUUAGGGCAGAGGGUUUUGGCAAAUCCUUUGAAAGUCCGAAUGCAUUAUGGUCAUCCAGAUGUGUUUGACAGGUUUUGGUUCUUAACUCGAGGUGGCAUCAGUAAAGCUUCCAGAGUGAUCAACAUAAGUGAAGACAUUUUUGCUGGGUUUAAUUGCACUCUCCGUGGAGGUAAUGUCACACACCAUGAAUACAUUCAGGUUGGAAAGGGAAGGGAUGUUGGGUUGAAUCAAAUAUCUAUGUUUGAAGCCAAGGUUGCCAGUGGAAAUGGGGAGCAAGUUUUAAGCAGAGAUGUCUACAGGUUGGGUCAUAGGCUUGAUUUCUUCCGUAUGCUCUCGUUCUUCUACACUACUGUGGGAUUUUUUUUCAACACAAUGAUGAUUGUUCUGACUGUGUACGCAUUUUUAUGGGGACGACUCUAUCUUGCUCUUAGUGGUGUUGAAGCUUCUAUGGAGAGUAACAGCAAUAACAAUAAAGCACUUGGUACCAUUUUAAAUCAGCAAUUCAUCAUCCAGCUUGGUAUUUUCACUGCCCUUCCCAUGAUUGUGGAGAAUUCCCUGGAGCAUGGGUUCCUUCAAGCUAUCUGGGAUUUCCUGACAAUGCAGCUCCAGCUUUCAUCAGUUUUCUACACAUUCUCUAUGGGUACUCGUAGCCAUUUCUUUGGCCGGACAAUCCUUCAUGGUGGGGCAAAGUAUCGGGCAACUGGUCGUGGAUUUGUUGUAGAGCACAAGAGUUUUGCAGAAAACUAUAGGCUAUAUGCUCGCAGCCAUUUUGUGAAAGCAAUUGAAUUGGGGCUGAUUCUUAUAAUUUAUGCAUCACACAGCCCUGUAGCAACUGACACUUUUGUUUAUAUAGCCCUGACCAUCACUAGUUGGUUUCUAGUUGUAUCAUGGAUUAUGGCGCCAUUUGUGUUCAAUCCUUCAGGCUUUGAUUGGUUAAAGACUGUUUAUGAUUUUGAUGAUUUUAUGAGCUGGAUUUGGUACCAGGGAAGUGUGUUUGCUAAAGCCGAACAGAGCUGGGAAAGAUGGUGGUGUGAAGAGCAAGAUCAUUUAAGGGUAACUGGCCUUUGGGGAAAGUUAUUGGAGAUAAUUUUGGACCUUCGGUUCUUCUUUUUCCAGUUUGGAAUUGUUUAUCAGCUAGGUAUUGCUGCUGGAAGUACCAGUAUUGCUGUAUACUUGUUAUCUUGGAUCUAUGUGUUUGUUGUCUUUGGGUUUUUUGUGGCAGUAUCAUAUGCACGGAACAAAUAUGCAGCAAAAGAGCAUAUCUACUAUCGGCUGGUUCAGUUCCUUGUCAUUAUCCUUGUGAUACUUGUGAUAAGUUUCUUGCUGGAAUUUACUGAAUUCAAGUUUGUGGAUAUUUUUACAAGCAUGUUGGCGUUCAUUCCCACAGGCUGGGGCCUUAUAUUGAUUGCCCAGGUAUUCCAGCCAUUUCUGCAGUCAUCCGUCAUUUGGAAUGGGGUUGUUUCUGUGGCUCGUCUAUAUGAUAUAUUAUUUGGAGUCAUUGUUAUGGCUCCUGUAGCAUUGCUGUCAUGGUUGCCAGGGUUUCAGUCUAUGCAGACCAGAGUUCUUUUCAAUGAAGCAUUCAGCAGGGGCCUCCGGAUAUUCCAGAUUAUUACAGGAAAAAAGUCAGCAAGCUAACUUUUGACUUGAGGUUUGGAUUUGGGAUGAGACGAAGCUGUAGAAGACAAAGAACAGAAGGCAUUGAGUUUAUAGACUUUCUUCUUUAGACGUUCAUUCAUUUUAUAUUGGUGUUAGUUGCUGUGAUUUUUUUUUUUUUUGGUGGCCAGAAAUUAGUAGUUGUGAUUAUAUUUUUGUUAAUUAAUAUUCAUUGAGAGGAGAAUGCCUCUUCUUCCCCUCUUUCUUUGCUGUGGCUUUAUUUGUUUUUGUAAUUAGUCAAUAGUCAACUCUGAUUGCGAUUUAACAUCCCUAACAACUGGAAACCAGAGGAAGAGCCUUUUAUCUUGUCCACUGGCUUGGAUUUGGAGUA